AUGGCCGGCCAGGGUCAGAGGCUCAACAUCGUUCCGACGGUGACGAUGCACGGGGUCAUGAAGGCUCGCCUAAUCGGUGCCACAGGCCUACGAGGGGCUACGCCCUACUCAAAAAGAGGAGCGACACGCCGUUGCCUUGACCAUUCAGUUCCGGCAGAUCCUGAAGAAGAUGGGCGACAUCAUGAAGACAUCCGCUUUCGCCUCAUGGAGGCCAAGUAUGUUGCCGGUAAUAAUGUCAAGCACGUCGUCCUCGAGAACGUCCAAUCCGCGACGCUGAAGGACAAAUUCAAUGAAGAAGGAAUGAUCGUCGCUGAAGGUGAAAGGGAAGCGAAGAAGCUUGAAGAUGCUGGUGAGCUGAAGAGGCUGGAGGAGACAGGGGUUCAUGUUAAGUCUUUGUUUCAGAUUGAAGAUGAAGGGGAGAUAUAUGUGAAGGAAGGACCUGCGAUAUGUAGGUCUCCAACAACAUACUACGGUUACCAGUUGAAGGUGGCAUAUAUCGCAAUUCUUUGA